AAAUUGAAAUCCGUCACUAACCUCUUUAUUUUCAUUUCGCCAAAGUGUGGUUUCUUCCUUGAAAAUUCAAUUUUCCAACCGAAAUCAUGUCAAAUUCACACAUUUUCAUGAAAAGUGGCUUCCCGCGGGCGCCUUUACAGAAUGGAAUGGGCAGAUAUGUGUGUCAAUUGCAACGCGUCACGUUGAAAUUCUGCAAAAAUCAUGGUUCGUCAAAGGGAAUGCGUGACUUCAUUGAAGCCCAACUGCUGGAUUUUGUGAAAACCAACCCGGGAGUCGUUGUUUACUUGAAGCCCCGUCGUCAUCGAACCGCUGUGAUGGUUGGCGAAUACCUCAAUGGCGAACGCCAAUGGGUCAGUUGUCGUAAUUUUACGUCGCAAGAGAUCCAAAAGUGGAUUGAAUUGAUGAAAACACAAAAUGGCGAGGCCGGCGCGAUGCGAUAUCGUAAAAUGUGGCACACAGACGUUCCCUCGAUUCAAGGCGCAUGGAGUCCGUGGACUCACAAGUCGCCGGCAUUGAAUUUAGCGACAUAUCCGAACGAAGAAUGCUCGAAGGCGGUGCAAUUGGAGCCGACAGCGACAGAAAAACUCAUUGAAAUGUUCAAACAACAGAAAAUAAGUGAAGGAAAGCUGCCAAAAGCGGAGUAGCGUGUCGUUUUUUAGAUUAAAAGAUAAAAAAUUAAUAAUAAUAGAGUAGAGAAAAGUAAUUAAAGACAUGAUUUAAAAUGAAUUUUCAGUUAAA